AGCUCCCUCAGAGGAAACGGAAGGGACGAAACAAAAAACUAAUUUCAAAACUUCAAGUCUAUGCUCAAGCAUUGCUGUCUGGGAUCAUCCUCUGCUUCCUCUGAGUCUUCUACAGACGACUUCUGGAAAUUCUACUUUUAAUUCUACAUUUGGUUCUAACCUCCAGUUGUUUCAGUGGUUGUGGGCAAUAACAAAAAAAAGCCUCCACCCCAAAGAGAAGAAAGACCGCUAAUCUACCGCAAGGAGAUGUCCCCCCAACCACAGGUAACAACAAAUUUUAAGGAGUUUCUCAAGAGCUUUCUUGGGAUUGUACGAAUUCUUCAGAUUCUCCUGGGAGCUGGUCUUUGGGUUACUGUCGCCACCAGCAAGUAUGAGGGCUCUGUUCACUAUGUCCUCUUUGUGGCAGUGUUCUUCUGGCUCCUCACACUCGCCCUCUUCUUUAUCACUUUGCUGAACAAGCAGGACUUGGUCCCCAUCCUAGGAGGAGAGCGUUGGUUGUUAACCAACAUGAUACAUGACAUUGCUGCUACGUUGCUUUAUUGUUCCACAAUUGGCAUCAUGAUCUACAAAACGUCAAAGAACUCCUACUGCAAUGUGCUACAUUACAAGCACACAUGCCUGUACGUCGUCUACCUCACUGGCUCUGUGUUUGCCUGCCUGACUGCUUGCGUCUACCUUGUCUCAGCCAUAUACGGAUCCUGCAGAAAGUGCCGGGGUGAACAGACUGUGGUGUAAAAAACUAACAUAGGACACUUGAGGGAUGGGGGAGGGACACUUUUCAUUCUUGCUAAGCGCCCUGAGAGGGAGAAAAACAGCCCUUCUCCAGGUUUCACACAGCUGGCUUAUGGAAAAAAAAAGAUCUUUCAUUUUUCCUCUAAAGCAGAGGGUUUGAUCCCCUUGUCUCAGGCUUCCAGGUUGGUUGAUUGUGUAUAAAGUAAAUUAAAAUCAUGUAUACCUUCAACAGCCAUCAAAAUAUGUAUUUUAUUUUAUGUUUCUAUGUUUCUAUCUAUUCAACAAGUUAUGCAACAGAGUUCUAUGUCUUCUAUUACAUUUCCUGUUACAAUGACAAACCAACAAGCAGUCUGAUAUGCCAAGUCUGUAGCGUUUUCAUAAAUGUUUAAAAUGUUUUAUAAUAUCAGUAAGCCAUGUCUGUUUGCGACUGAACCUGCAUUAGAUGCAUGCAGAAUAAUUUCAUGCCAAGAAUGUUACUGGCAAAAUUCGCUUCUCAUGCACAAAGCAACAAUGUAAAAUGUCUAUUUACAAGUAUUUAUAUUUCUCACAAAACAAUUGUCAGUCUGAACAAAUAAUGAAUUAAAAAGUUAAUGAUCACCUGAAA